AUGCCCGUCGAAGCUAUCAACAGCCAUGCUGAAUUCCUAGAGCGGGUUCUCAAUACAGAUGACCUUGUUGUCCUCGACGCCUGGGCAGAGUGGUGCGGGCCCUGCAAAGCCAUCGCCCCCAAAGUCGAAGAGUGGAGUAACCAGUACCCCCAAGCCAAAUUUUACAAGGUCGACGUGGAUGAAGUCCCCGAAGUCGCCCAGGAGCUGGGGAUCCGCGCCAUGCCGACCAUUAUGUUCUUCAAGGGCGGCGAGAAGAUCAACGACGUUGUGGGCGCUAACCCGCCCGCGAUCGAGAAUGGCAUUAAACUCCUUGUCGCAUCAUAA